AAAAGUUCCCUUGCCCUAGGGGUAAUUAGUGUCCUUGGAGUUAAAUAAGCUAAUACUUAGACACCUCUGGCACAAGCAAUUAUGUUUGUGUAUUGAAUAAUUGAUUCAAAGAGGGGGGGGGAAGGGCCGCUAAUCAGAUCUGAGCAUAAUGAAUUGAUUUAAUUAACAGGGGAAUCCGCGGGUCUCUGGGAAGCGCGCGCAUUUAUUCAGCAGCGCGAGCGAGCCGAGCGCAUAAAUUGGGAGAGCGAGGCGGCGCGAGCAUGCUUUUGGCACUUGGCCGCUCCACAACUGGAUUUCUCCGAUACAGUGACAGUUUCGCGGCACGCGGGCGCCGGGAGGGGAGCGUUUUACGAAGAGAAUAGCUUUUCGACGCGAGCCCGGCUUUCGAAACGCGGCGGAGGCGGUUUAACUUAGUCCUUUCGCUCGUUUUUCUGCAUGGAGCGAACCGUGGCCGCUCAGGUGCCUCAGCCGCGCUCGCAGUUUAGUGUGGAUGUGUAACUCCAGCGCGAGGGAGAGCGAGCCGAGCCGGGGAGAAAGCGCGAGCGUCGCCGUGUGAGAGAAAUUCUGACAGAGCGAGCGGCGGGCGGUCCUGCGCGUGUGUGUGUUCAACCCAGCAUACAUGGGUUUCCGUCACUGAGCGACGGCCCUGCGAUCAAAGCUCACGGCACGAGGACGUUUUCUUUCCGUCGUGCUCUUUUGUUGCGAAGCGGUCAGCCCUCCGUUUCCUCUCCCACCGCCGGCGACUCGCGAAGCCUGCUGGAGCCGAGAACGGAUCGCCUGGAGCCGGACUCCUCGUUCCUCAGGACGAUGGUGUUAGACAAGGAAGAGGGUGUGCCGAUGCUCUCCGUCCAGCCCAAAGGGAAACAGAAGGGGUGCGCCGGCUGCAACCGCAAGAUUAAAGACCGCUACUUGCUCAAGGCGCUGGACAAAUACUGGCACGAGGACUGCCUGAAAUGCGCGUGCUGCGACUGCCGCCUGGGGGAGGUGGGCUCCACCCUCUACACCAAAGCCAAUCUCAUCCUCUGUCGCAGGGACUACCUGAGGCUCUUUGGUACGACGGGGAACUGUGCAGCCUGCAGUAAACUGAUCCCUGCCUUUGAAAUGGUGAUGAGGGCCAGAGAUAAUGUUUACCAUUUGGACUGUUUUGCCUGUCAGCUUUGUAACCAGAGGUUUUGCGUGGGCGACAAGUUUUUCCUAAAGAACAACAUGAUUCUGUGUCAGAUGGACUAUGAGGAGGGCCAGCUCAACGGGAGCUUUGAGACGCAGGUUCAAUAGCCGGGCCCGGCGGAGGCAGCAGCAGCCCUCGACCCACACACACGCACUUCCACACACUCCGACGCACACAUACACGCGCAUUUACACUCACGCACACGCACGAUGGAUGUUCUGCUGCGACCAGAGAGAGGAGCGUCAGUCUGCUUGCCUGCAAUACUUUUUACAGUAAAAGCCCUGUUGGUCCCUAAGGACUCUGUUGUAAAUGUACUACUUUUUGGCCCUUCCCACCCCUUCCCAACACUGAGCAGUUACAAGUUUCAAUGUACAGUUGUGCCUGCUUUAGCUGAGCACUGUAUUGCCUGUAUGUUUUUUGUGAUGUUUGUUUCAAGUUUACUUUUAUUUUUAUUUUCUUUUAUUCCUCUCUCCUCCCUUUUGGGUGGUACUAUGGCUCCUUGGAGGGUACUGUACAGUCUGUUUUUUCUGUAUAUAUAAACUGGAACAUUUAUUUUAUGAAAUUGUAAUGCAAUUUUAUUACUAGUGUGAAUUAAAAACAAAAGAUUCUUAAAUGUUCA